AUGGAAGGGAUAUUUGGACGACCUGUCCAAAUGUGUACGCUAUUGCGCACAGCUGGCAUCAGUAAGCUGCCUGCGUGCAGCAUGUGUUUUCCGGUGCGAAUGAUAAAAUCUCUACAUGCUCUACAACGCCUGUUGUUCCGUACGUACUGUUUACCAUACAAGACAAUGUUCGGUUUUUGCCCAACGCUCCUAUAUACUCACGAAUGGCCCUGCGGGACGAUCUGCGCGUAGCCUACACAGAAGCUUUACGGGUGGCUCAGCCAUCUGUGCCAUAUAAGAAACUCUGGGCCGUUAAACAAAGCGUCAAGGGUACAGCUGUGGGCGGCGAGCCUUCUGUGGGCUGUCAGAUCUUACUCUUGCCAAAAACGCCCAAUAGUGCCAGCCUCGGUUCCUCAUUUGCUGUGCUUCCAACCACAUCAAUAAAUCAUAAGACACAUUUCACCUGGCUGUCAACUUUUUUGGAGUAUAGCGGUCGAUUUUUCUGA